UUUUCUGAGCAUUUUACAAUGAAUAUACAUUUUAUACAUAAGAUUAUUAGAGAAAAAGCCUAUUUCUAUGUUGAAAAAUAACAACAAGGCAAGCUGCUUGUUGAGCAGGAGUUGAAUUAAAGGGUCAGUUUAUGAGGUAAUGUCAAGAACACGCUUGGGGCACACUCAGAAGAAAGUGGUUCUGGCAUUACACUUGACACAUAAUAGAUAACAAAUGGUGAGUGGUUGUUAUGGGUUGAACUGUGUCCCCCACAAAAUCUGUAUGUUGAAGUCCCAACCCAUAGUAUCUCAGAAUGUAACCACAGUUGGAAAUAGCAGAUGCCGAGCACACAUCGCGUGCAGCUUGCUAGCAGUGUUGACUGAGAGUCUAGAAGGGCUGGACUUGCGAAAGGAUGACUUUGGCAAGGGAUUUACUACCUCUGUCCUUGGAAGAGGAAAAGAAAAAUCUUAAAAAGAAAUGGCUACUGCGAAGUCCACAUUCUUACUGUAUGCAUGUAAAAUGUCCAGGUUGCUACAAGAUUACCACGGUUUUCAACCAUGCUCAGAGAGUGGUUCUUGGAGUAGGUUGUUUAACAGUGUUGUGCCAGCCUACAGGAGGAUAG